CCAACGGGGAGUGUAACGGCGUCGCCUUCGGUCUGAAACGGACAGUUUGGACGCCCGACAGGACAUCGCCUGCACGUGCAGGUCCCAUGGCCUUGACCUAGAAUGAGCAGCAAAGGCGAGAAGAAGGAACUGGAGGUGCUGUGUCGAUACGUGCCGCGCAUUGUGUUGGCCCAAUACGCGCACUCCCGAGCGGCCCUGACCGAACCCGCCACGCAAUCCUUCACAGCCGUGAUGGCGCUGUUUGACAUUUCCGGCUUCUCCACCCUCGCGGACAGGUUGACGAAGGAGGAAAAUGUCCGACCCGUCAUGGUCUCUGAACCCACGAGGGUUUCGUUGAGCAAUGGCAGCAUCGCCAAAUCGAUCGAUGUCAGCACAUCUGCAAGCCAUCGCAGGAUCAGCCACCACGCCAGUGGCGGCCGCGACAGCAUCCAUCACCCAUCGCAGCUGCGGUCCGAGACCGAGAAGCGAGGAAGCACGAGCACGUCGUUUUCCCUCAAGGAGAAGCGCCAGGGCGCCAACGCGAACGACGUCGGGUUGAUGCGUACCGGCAUGGCCAUUGAGCAGCUCACGAAGACGCUCAACCAAACGCUUGCGCCCGUGAUAGACAUCAUCACGCAAUUCAAUGGCGAUAUCAUCAAGUUUGCGGGCGACGCCAUGAUUGUGAUGUGGCAAUGCGACCUGACAAAACACGAGGCCAGUGACUCGAGUUCAAGUGCAAUGGUGGACCCAGGAGUACUGCUCUUCACGGCAAUUUCAUGCGCGUUGAAAGUGCUGAGCGUGCUUGAGACGAGCCAGGAUCAAAAGCAUACGAAUUCGUCGCCCCCGACCUCAAUCAGUGGCGGCCUUGGCGCCCUCAAGAUGCAUGUCGGGCUUGGCUUUAGCACGGUCACGGGGAACCACGUGGGAGGGCUCUUGAACCGGUGGGAGUUUUACGUGGCAGGGGGCGCAACAGGCCAAAUGUCGAUUGCCGAAGCCGACGCUCAAGCAGGCGAACUCGUUGUGUCGGCCGAAAGCUAUCAAGCUCUCGUGGCGUCGGAAGUGCUGCAGCCCCUGCACAUCCAGGCUGAAGCGCUCCCUUCUGGCAACUACCGCAUUACGGACCUCCACAGCGACAGAGACGUCAAGUACACUUUGCCCACGCUCCAGCUCGGUCGGGACUUGAUCCCGCUGGUCAAGUCGUACGUUCCAGGAUGCAUCGCGCUGUCCCUGGGCAAGGGAAAAAUUGUGAUCAACGGCAUGCGAUCCAUCACAGCCGUAUUUAUCAAAUUUACUGGCAUCCUCGACAUCGCGGAUGCCACGCAGCAGCUCCACGAAGUCCAUCGAUGUCUGUGCGCGGUGCAGGACGCUGCGUACCGAGUCCAUGCGACGAUUCGGCAAUUCCUCAUCGACGACAAGGGCGCCGUGGCAAUCGUUGUCGUGGGCCUCCCCCCCUUUUAUCACGAGAACAAUGCCCUGCACGGCAUUCGCAUGGCGCUGUAUUUGAAAGAAAAAGGCGUUCAGGCGUCGAUCGGGAUCACGUCCGGUCCAGCUUUUUGCGGCAGUAUUGGCAGUGCGGUCCGCGCCGAGUAUGCUGUAGUUGGGGACGUGAUCAACUUAGCUGCGCGGCUCAUGUCGAUGGCCAAACCAGGCGAGAUCCUGUGUGACGACGCCACGCAUACGGCAACGUUGACACGGUUCGAAUUCGGGAACGGGACCCACGUCAUGGUCAAGGGCAAGAAUGACUUCAUUGAGGUGUUUCAAGUGUUCCAAGAUGCAGUGGGGGCUACGUCAACAGAGGUGGCGCCGCCUGGAGAUUUCUUCGUGCCGUCCGAUGUGUACGACUUUCUCAUCACGCGCAUCCAAGACUUUGGAACGCGAUCCCGAAUGCCGGCGGUGGCGGACCUGUGCCAGAGCAUUGUGCUCAAGGGGGCGUCGGGGGCCGGGAAAACGACGCUCCUCAGACAUUUGGCCAAUAUUCACCCGAACGUGUACUACAGCUGCGGCGACUCGGUUGAACGCAACACGAAGCUGUUUGUGUGGCGCAAGAUCAUUGCAGGCAUCGUGUUUAGCAAACACCACCCGCACCUCCAGCCCAGGCGCAUCUCGGACACGUCACCCCAAUCUGUUGCUGGAUCGAGCAGUCGGCCGUCGUUUUUCCGCGCUGUGACGAAGUCGCCGGUCCAGAUGCUGGAGGCGAUGCAAAAGUCGUCACUCAAGACCCUUGGCCGAAUCAACUCGGACGUCACGGUCGACGAUGCGAUCCUGACCAACAAACCGGACGAGGCGGACUUGAGUGUGUCCGAGUGUGGAAGCCACAGGAACGGCAUGAGCGAAGCGGAAGAGUCGAGCAACGUGUAUGUCAAUCGGGAUUUCAACUUUGGCGUGGGCCUCCAGUUUGUCCACGCAAUUGUCGAGUCCGGCCGACUGGCCGCGGACCUCUUGCCGCUCUUGAACGUGUUCAUCCCGCACUGCUUUCCUGAAACGAAUCACUCGCUCGCCCUCGCCCAAAACGACGAACGGUUCAUGCACGAAGUCACGCAGUUGGUGAUGGUCAUUCUGCGCGAAGCGAACGAGCGCCACCCGAUCCUGAUUGCGUGGGACGACUGCCAGUGGAUCGACGCUGCGUCAUGGGACCUCCUCGUCCAGGUCUUGACGCUGUCGCCCAACAUCACGUGCAUUGUCGGCGUUCGGCCAGACGCGCCGCCACCGCACGCCGAGUUCAAAAAGCUCGACCACUCCCCCCACACUUGUCGAUUUGACCUGCGCAAUCUCUCGCCCCGCGACACGUCGCUGUUUUUGAGUCACUUUUACGGAAUCGCCAUCAUGAAUUCGUACCUCCUCGAGUACGUUCACGGCCGCGCGAGGGGGAACCCCGGCAGCACGAUUGCGCUCAUGCAGCGACUACUCGAGCUCGAAACCAUCUACAUCGACCUCGAGCGCGGCGUGGUACACGUACUCAAGGACAUCCAUGACGUGGAUUUGGAGAUUUCACUCCAGACCCGGGCCAAGGUCAUGCACCACUUUGACCACCUCAACUCGAUGAGCCAACUCGCCAUGCGCAUCACGAGCGUCGCGAUCGACUACAUCCACUUUGACGCGCUCAACUACAUGCUUCGCGCCGUGUUUGCCCUCGAGUACAACAAUAGCUUCACCAACCACGACGACAUCAACCACGACUUGCCCGUGUCGUUUUCGGACCAGAACGCAUCGACGUUUGUGCAAGCGCUGCUCGGGAUGUCCGUUGCCGAGACCCAUGGCAUCCUCUCGAUCGACCACCACAACGAAAUCAUCCGAUUCUUGUCGGAGGACAUGCGCCUUGUGGUGUACAACGUGAUGCUGCCAUCCCAGCGGGAAGCCAUCCAUCGCGUGUUUGCGCUCUGGUUUGAGAACGAAGUGCCCGUCCAUCGCAUCCCGCGGUUCCAGCAUUGUUACCACCUUGCGUACCACCUCUCCCGCACGCACAUGUACAACCAAGCGAUGCACUACUUCGCCAAAGGCGCGGAGGAAGCGCUGCUCCGCGGGGUGUCCGAGUUUGCCCUCAUGUGCUUGACAUCGGCUGGGUCCGUUCUCUUACUCAUGGACACGAGCCACGGCCGCCUCGCGACCCCGCGGGGGCUUCGACGGUCAUCCAGUUCGCGCUUGAUGCACGACACCGACCCCGAUGAAGUUGCGAUCGAAGUGACCCUCCACCAGUGCAAGAUCGAAUUCCUCACAGGCCUCGUGAUGGUUCAAAAGUCCGACUGGGCGACCGCCGUGGACCACUUCAAUGCGGCAAUCGCCAUCCACGCCGAGUUGCGCGCUCAGCGUAAACAAAAAUUGUGGCAUCGCCCGGUCCGCCGCAUCCGACGGUGGUGGGAGGAAGCGUCGCAGUUGUGGCGCGCGAUGUAUGGCGGAAUCACCAAAGUCGCGCCAUUGAGAGUGACGAAGAAGAACCACGGGAUGCCGACUGAACCGUCGCUGGAAGCGCUGUGGGGCGAAGUCGGGUCGUAUAUGGUCGUGGCAACGCGCCUCAAAACCAAGAUUCUUCGCGUCGAGCGGGAACGGGAGAGGACCAGCACAGCGAUUCGACUCCAAGGACUCCGGUGCAUCUCGAGCAUCAAAGAUGACUCGAUUGCAAACUUGGAAAAAACGUUUGUCCUGGUCCCCAACGAUCACUCGUCGGGCGGCAAGCUGCCCCGACGGUCUCACAAGAAGGGAAGCUCCAAUGGCGGCAUCGGGACGAGUUCCAGCGCUUCCGGCGUCGGCAUGCGGCAACCGACGUUGAGGAAUGGAAGCGACGGCGCUGUGUCCAUACGCACGGGAAGUCUUGUCCAUCAAGAUCACGCUGACGCGGCGCCAUCGAGGAUAGAAAGCCAAAAGACGAUUGCACCAGUUAUUUAGCUUAGCCCGUCCAACAAACCCCAUCGUCAGACUUCCUUGUGUGCAUUCCGCUUGGGCGUUAGCGACAUCGCGCGCUGCAUCAGGGUCGGUGUGUGGUGGCUUCGCGUCGACAGCAGCAGCGAAGGACUGCGGACCGACCCCGGCGUCAACGCCUCAUUCUCAAACGCGACGAGUUCGCGCUGCUCCUCUUGCUCUGGCUGCAUCAGGUCCGACGCUUCGGCGGCGGCCUGGGCCUGGUCGGCUCUCGCUUGCCAAUUCACACGGGCUAGCCCCCACGCCAACGCGACGACUUUGAACAGCUCGCCCAUCGUGUCGGCAACCCAGAAUCCAUUGAUGCCCCACGACAACGUGAUCGGCAAGAUGUAGCUCAAUGGCACGUAAAUACACCAUGACGCAAUGUUGUUGGCAAUCAAGUUGACAUCGGCCAUCGAUAGCGCGUUCAUCGACGCUGUGAGAAGGAACCGCCCAAAUGCAAUCAUGACGCACGCAAUGAAAAAUCCCAGCGACUUGCUGCACAGGUCCAUGAUCGCAGGGUCGUUGCUCCAGACGUGGAAGAGCGUGUUGCGGGCCAAGACCACGAGCACCAAGAGCGUUGUCGCGCUGGCCAUGACGACGCGCGCGCCGAGUAGCAGCACCCGCUUGGCGGCGACAGGGUGGCCUUGCCCCAAGUACCUCGACAUGCGAAUCUGCGUCGAGAUGGAAAAUCCACUCACGCACGCAUUGGCCACGCCGUAAAUGCCGUUCAAAACAGACAUCGUGGCGGCAAUCUGC